UUCCUUGACAUUUAUGAAAUUUUUGUGUUUUGUUGUCGGGAAGUGUGAAUUUAUCAACUGUAAAUUUGUAAUUUUUAUGUAUUAGUCUAUAAAAUCUAACCUAUAUUAGUCUUCUUUAACAUUCCUUUAAUCAAGCUAAAACUGCAUACCACUCGAUCUAUAACUGCUAGAAAUAUAACCGGCUAAAAUGUUGGUGCUAGUAUUAGGAGACUUGCACAUUCCGCACCGCUGCAGCAGCCUGCCUCCCAAGUUCAAGAAGCUGCUGUUGCCGGGGCGCAUCCAGCACAUCCUGUGCACCGGGAACCUCUGCACCAAGGAGUCCUUCGACUACUUGAAGACCCUGGCCAGCGACGUCCAUGUGGUUCGCGGAGACUUUGAUGAGAACUCAACAUACCCUGAACAGAAGGUGAUAACAGUCGGCCAGUUCCGGAUUGGCCUCAUUCACGGUCACCAGGUGGUUCCAUGGGGAGACGAGGAGACACUGGCUCUCAUACAGAGACAGUUGGAUGUAGAUAUACUAAUCUCAGGCCAUACACACCGGUUUGAAGCUUACGAACAUGAGAACAAGUUUUACAUCAACCCUGGAUCUGCUACUGGAGCUUACAGUCCAUUGUUCAGGAGCCCCACUCCAUCAUUUGUGCUGAUGGACAUCCAGAGCUCGACGGUGGUCACCUACGUGUACAAGCUACUCGGAGACGAAGUCAAAGUGGAAAGGAUUGAGUACAAGAAGACAUAAUGAGUACAAACAAUUAUAUUGUAAAUGUUAUAUCUAAAGAUCUAACCAUAAUGUGGCCUGCCUACCGCAGAGGGCUGGCAUAAGUGUAUGUAUCACUGUAGUUAUGUUUAUGAAAUAAUAGUAAGUUUUUUAUAUAUCUGAAGAGAAGUUUUGCCAUCUAUAUUGUUGUAUAAUUUAGUGUAUGUUUUCUGCAUUCGUCUUUGGAUGUGUGGUCUUUUGUACAGGUGGUGUGUAUUGAUGUUACAGAAGUAUGGUUAUUAUAUUGUGUAUAGCAUUAUGGCAUUUUAUAAAUAAUUAGUCCUAAUAUAUUGUAAAGAUAAUUUAGUUUAUCACUAAAUAAACUUUCUUUAAUUAUAAUUAUUA